GACAUUUCAAUUUUUUCCAUCAAGUAAACAAUUUCUUACAUUUAUCAUUGAAAUAAAAAUAUAUUUAACUUGCGACUUAAAAUAUCAUCUUAUGAAAUGAGCGUAUUGCCAGAAUUUCUUCUAUCAAUUACUCAACAAAAUGUCCUUUAAGAGAGCUGGAGAUGACCACUGUGCUUUGCGUUUACAGAAAAAACAGCGAGUUGCAGAGUUGUUUGCUGAAGACAUUCCUGCAGAUGAAGUAAAUAAAACAAGGAGUGGAAAAUAUGUCUGUCUCGUUUGCCCGCACUGUCCAGUUUUGGACACAAUGCCAAUGUUAUGUUUACACAGACAGAGCAGGAAACAUUUAAAAAACACUUCAAUUAAAAUUGAAAGAGAUCACAGGUUGAAGGAUGUUCAUCAAAAACAGCAACAUGAACUAUAUUUGAAAAAGAUAAAUUUUGUCAGCACACCAUCACCAACUAAAACCUUCAAAGAUUUGAUGGAAUGUCAUGAAGAAGCUCCACUGCUUAUUGAAACAAAACAAAUAACGGAAAGUUUGUCAAAACAAGCAAACAGCCAAAGGAAGCAAUCUGUAAUCAGAAAUAGCUCACAAGUUUUGCCAGCCAACUUAAAAACAAACAAAGAAAUGAAAAACAAACCAUUUUUCCAAUCAAGGAUUGAACAUAAACUCUCACAAGAACAUUUUAAACUUGAUACAAGACCUUGCAAGCCAAAUGGUGUAGAUUCUCUAAAGUUAAAUGAUAAGUUAAAAUCUGAACAUUCGUUGAAAACAUCAUGUGAAAAUGUAGCAGGGAAUUUUUCACAACAAACAACAAGUAAUCAAUCAAAUCAUUCAGUUUAUAAGGGGCAUUCAAGGAUAAGUGAGGAAGAAAAGAAAAGAUAUUUUGAAAUGAAAAUUUCUGGUUGGAUAUUAGAUGUCAAAGGCAAAUGGGUGAAAGAUGAAAAUGCAGAAUUUGAUUCUGAUGAUGAUUAGUUGAAACACUGAAAUAUAAGAGAAAAUGUUUGUAGUAUAAUGAAAUAAUCCCUAUUUUUACAAAAUAUGUCUACAUUAUAUUUACAAUGUAUACAAUGUUUCCCAUGAAUUAUUAUCAGUCUUAAGUUACA